GUGUUCCAGGCUGCAUAUCUGGUCCCCGCAAUGACGAGGCCGACAGGCCCGCAGCCGGCACACCUGGCAGGUGCAGCCCCGCCCGCCCGCCCGCAGCGCCGCCGCCCACGGAGGGUGGGGCCGGUUGCCGGGGCCCCGCCGGCGCGGACCCGGAAGAGGAAAGCAGUCCGUUCCCGCAGGAACCAGGGCCUGCCUGGCUCGGGGCGCUCAGAGGGCCCUCCAGCUGGGAUGGCCGCGUCGGCGGAGACCCUACAGGAGGAGCUGCAGACAGUGGCCCAGGAAGUGCUGGGGAAACUGAGGAGCCGCCGGCUGUUCCAGUCCGAGUGGGACACCGCCGCCUUCGUCGUCUUCCUCCUCUUCGCUGGCACCGUCCUGCUCCUGCUCCUGCUCGCCUGCACCCACUGCUGCUGCUGCAGACCCCGCCGUGGCACCCUCCUGUCCCAGAAGGUGCGCUCAGCGCAGGAACGCACGGGUGUAGACAACUUGGCUUUGGAGCCUUGAAGCGGGAGCCCCCAGCCCCUCUGUCCAUGUGACCGGCGGCCAGCAUAAACAAUGCCUUGUUUGCUUGGAGGCGAGAUGGCGAGCUGUUCAGAGCCUCUGUCACGGGGUGGGCAGCGUGGGCACUCCCUGCUUUGGCUAGAUGCCCGCCUGGCCCCUCAAGGCCUUCAGCUCAUGACCGUCACCAGGAGGCCUUACGUAACUUGCUAGGGGUCAACCAGCAGCUGCCAUGGGGAAGCUGGGCCCAAACGGGGGGCUUGACCCCCCAGGAGAGCCCCUGUCACCAUCCCUCGGCAGCCUGGGCACACUCUAAAGGUGGCAAGGGCAGGCCAGGUGCUCAGUGCCUGGGUACUCCACCCAGUUCCUGGGCAGCAAGGCCCCCCCAGCUUGGUCCUCACUCAGAUGGACAGACGGACAGGGGCUCCACGUAAAGUUGGAUGAUCUUUAUUUCUUGGUGGCCUUGCCAGGUGUGACGGGAAAGUCAAGGGCACCAUAGCUCACAGCGGGUGGCUUGUCUUCCCCUUUCCUCCACCUGCCUCCCAGCUCAGGGCCACCACCCACCCCUCACCCUCUAGCUGGAAGGGUAGUGCGGCCACCCUCACCAUCCUGGAGGCAGGUUGGCAGGAAGCCACGUGGGAAAGGGGCGCCCUGGGCUGACCCCUCCCUGAGUCCAAGGGUUCUCGCGGUGCCAUGCCAGGAGGGCAGGGCUCGGACAUGAGCCACCUCUCAGCCCUGACUUCCUGACACUCCCGUCCAAACAAAAAGCCAGGCAGCACCCCCUCCUCCCAGGGUUCCAGUGUUCACUCUCAUCUGUGGAAAUGUGACAGGUAGGAUGGGGCAAAGAGGGAAAUAAACAGCCCACGUUUCCCAGCUCUG